UCGACUCAGAACUCCAAUAAUUUUAUUUUCUGUGCAUAGAAUGAUUCUGAGUUGUCUAUGUGAAAUGAGAGCCAGAUAAUGCCUUUGUUUGACGUUAUUGGACUUGGAGCAGAAAAAUACGCUGUUGUCAUUGACAUCGGAGCCGCCUAUACGAAAUGUGGCUUUGCCUCAGAAACAAGUCCUCGCCACAUCAUUCGAAGUGUCAUUACACACACGAUAAAUGGAGAGAAACAGUCUGUUACAAGCUACCAACAAGUUAAGCAUUUCCUUUUGAAUCGGUACCUUCUUGUAAACCCACGGGACAGACGAGUUGUUAUUUGUGAGUCAGUGCUUUGUUCUACACUUUGGAGAAAUACCAUUGCCAAAGUCCUUUUCAAGCACUUUGAGGUACCUUCAGUACUGUUUGCACCCCAUCACCUUUUAGCACUCUUUACUCUCGGAAUACCGUCAGGACUAGUCUUGGACUGUGGCUUCACAGAGACCAUCGUUUUACCAAUUUAUGAAGGAACUGCCAUUCUCAAAGCUGUAGAAACAAUCCCUCUUGGAUCAAAAGCCAUUCACAAGCACCUGGAGGAACAACUGAUGGAUAGAAGUCUGGUGCAAAUAGAAACUGGAAUAAAGCCUUUGUCAUCUGUUAUGAAUUCUGUUGGAACAGAAACCCUAGAGGACAUUAAAGUGCGUACUUGCUUUGUGGCACCAAAGUUCAGUGGGCCAGAGGGAGAGCCACGCCCUGCCUCACAGGUGCCAAAGGUUGACUAUCCUCUGGAUGGAGGAAGGAUUAUCAGAAUUGAAGGCCAAAUCAGUGCCCUAUUGACACAAGGAAGCAGUUAGCAGAGAAUAUAAUCCUUAUUGGGGGAACUGUGAUGACCCCAGGAUUCAAACAUCGUCUGUUGCAAGAGAUUUACUGUUUACUUCAAUCACCCCGAUACAAAGAGAACUUGUUCAUGAAAACAAUCAAAAUGCAUCAGAUACCUGUCACUGCUAAUUGUACAUCAUGGCUUGGAGGUGCAAUAUUUGGUGCUCUUGAAGUGCUGGCUGACCGAUCAGUAACCAAAGAGCGAUAUAAUCAAGAUAACAAGAUUCCAGAUUGGGCUUCCUGUGAAGAACAAACCGUCGACAAUGUUCCCAUUUUAGACGAGCGACUUGAAAGACCAGUUCUGUCACGUCGUCAGACAAGUGGCAUCACCAGCACCCUUAGUAAUAUCAGCAGCUCAUUGUCAAGCCGACUUCUCAGUGGCAGCAGUAGAAGCCCCUUAGCAUCAAGUUUGCUUCAAAGAGUGGGAGGAUCGCCCAGUUCAGGGGCAUCAUCAAGUAUAAAAGAAAGUGACAAAGAAACACAAAAAGAAGAAAAGGGAUGAAUAUUUUAGCUGAAACCAACCAUAAUUUAUUGUAAGGGCAUGUGGCUUCUGGAAACCCUGACCCAUUUGCUUCCAAAUAUGUCUAGUUACAUUUCAUUACAUGCUGUUCUUUUGGCACCAAAUAAUUUGAAUAAUCAAAGUUGAAAUGGUAAAUUGGCCACCAUUACGGUUAUAAAAGCUUCGCUCCGACG